AGAGACAAGAAGCAGCAGCAACCACCAUGAUUGAUCUGAGUUUCCUGACAGAGGAGGAGCAGGAGUCCAUCCGAGCUGUGCUGAGGAGAGAUGCUGAGCUGAAGAAGGCUGAGGAGCAGCGUGUCCAGAACCUACAGAAGUCAGUGAAUGAUAAGGGCCAGCUGAAGUACCUGACCGGAGAAUGGUUCUAUGAGACCAAGCAGCUUCGACAUCAGGAUCGCAUCCAUGGCUCUGACAUCAUCAGAGCCUCCAUAAAGCACACAUAUAAACCUCUGACAAUAUUGGAGAUCUCCCAGAUAUUGCCUGAGAAGCCCAGUUUUGUCAGCAGUGAAAAUAAAGAGGUGUUCGUCCCUCCUGUUCUCUCUGGACUCCUUCAGGAGCCUCACAUGCAGCUCCACCAUGACGGGAACCAGAACCCUUAUGAAAUGCCACAAGAGACCCCUAAACCAGUUUUACUGUCUCCCACAAAGAAAAGAAAAAAUCCAUUCAACAGUGAGCUCACACCUCACACUUUUGAAGAAAAGGACAGUCAGUUAUUGGACAGAGCAGCGGAUCAAACCCAGACACCCAACGAGGAGCCCUUACCAUCUUCUGACAGCUGCGUUUCUUAUGCUAUUAACCUAAAACCAGAUCCUAAUGAUAGCCCUGCCACGCAGAAUGCAUCUGGUUCCAUGCCAAUUCCUGAAAACCAAGCAGUUCUUACCAGUUCUCAGGACUGUUCCGUUGAGGUAGAUGGGCCAGCAGGCAGACAGAUUAACUCUACCUCUCUGCGGGGCAUCCUCAAGCGCUUAUCCACCUCUAGCUCCACAGACUCCCUGUUAUUUCGCCUGGACUCCCAGAGUUCAGUUACCCUGGAUUCUCCCACUGAGACCUGGAUAGACAGGAAGCAGGUGAGGUUCAGCUCCACAGUGGGUCAGAGUGGAGUUGAGUGGCAGGAUGGGAAGGAGCUAGGAGAGCACAGUUUGCUGGACUCAAUUGCUCCUUUUGAGACGGAAAACAACAGUGACUUUGAGAAUGAUGAUAGAACUACUGCUACUACACUUGAGCCUUUACUCCAGCAGAACCAAACUUCACAAGAAGAUCUCUCUGAGCACCGUGAGAAUACGGAGCUCCUAAGCCCUCCGGUGUCCAGCCUGGUUUCGGCUGAGCAGGAGUCAGGUAAGACUGUUCACUUGGAGACACAGCCGGAGGAGGACCAUCACUCUCAGGCUAAGGUUACAGACUGGCCCACUGGACACAGCAUUCAUCAACACAAGCUGCCUGAACAAAGCACCAAAAUUUCUAUCAAGGCCACUUCAGAGACCAAGUCGUCACCUAAUAGCAGCUCAAAGAGCUCAUCUCACACUGUUUCACCAAAGCCUAGACAAAGGCUGCUUGCAAUUUUUAGAAGAGAUAAAGAAAAAACUGCUCAAGCACAGAGUCCACAGAAGGAACAGGUGAACAUAGCUGCGAAGAAAGAACCAGAAAACACCUCAAAUCUCUCCAAAGGUGCUGCAGAUAUGACCAUGAACAAAUCUGCUAGUGUCAAACACGAAGAUAAACCUCCUGAGAUGACAGAGGUCAGAACACUACAGCUUACAGCGCUGCAGAACACUCCGUUUAAAGAAAUAAUGACAUUAGUAGAUUCAGAUGCUCACCAAGAGAUACAAGAUGAGGGAGUUGUCCAGGUUCCAGACGGACUAUCCAAUUUGAAAGCUUUCUGGGAGAAAGAAAACAGCGGUCCCAAAAUAAUAUUUACCAGAGAGCAGGUGAGGCAUGAAGACAUCAUCAAAACAGGAAUAGAAGCUUCACAUGGCCCUCAAAAUGUUCAGACUGACUCGGAUGUGAAGAGCACAGGCAGCAACCUCUCACCUCAGAUGGAAAUGACCGUUGAGAAUUCUGCGUCCAGUUCCUCUGCACUGACUGAAUGCAGCAUCCUGGGAGAUUUAUCAAAAGAAGAUGGUACAUACAGAGCUAAUCCUGUCCUCAUCUAUGAGGAGACAGAUGAUUCUUUAACAGGUUCAAUAACAGAGUCACUGAUUCAUGAACCACAGGAAAACACUCCUGUACCUUCUCUAACUUGCAACCGCCAAAAGCAAGACGGGGACAUAGCAGUUCCUCUUCCUAGGCAGUCCACUUCCAGUCCUCAAGAAGAAGAGCCAGCCAACAUCAGUGAGCUUAAGCAUUUCUGGGAGACGGAGUAUACAGGACCUAGGGUAAUUGCUGCAAGAGUUAAGGAAACCUCAAGUAGUUCAAUACUCAGUAACAAAAUGGUUCCUCCUCAGUCUGACCUGUCCUUAGAUAGCAGAGAAAAGUAUGAGGAAGAGGCACAAACUUCUUCAUACACAUCCAAGUCCAAUGUAUCUAAACCAUUGAACGUGAAGGACAGGGGUUUUUUCAGUCAGACUCCAGAGAGAUCACAGCUGAGGAGUUCUGGUAGAGCUGAAGAUGUACAGUCAAGAGAUUAUUCCCACCAAGUCAUGGCUGAGUCUCAAGAAAGGCCCCUCAGUCCUACUAAAUCCCAAACUCCAAGAUCCAAAGAGCAAGAGGAUGAAGUCAGGAGGAGUCCAUCAAAAACCUGCCACCCAAGAGUCUUACCGAGAGAAUCCUCAAGUCCUCAGAGAUCCAGGCUGGAAGGCUCCCCCUUGAAAACAUUUCCGAUAGACAUUAACCCCCAAACGAAGGUUGUUGAGGAACAACUAGGAAAGCCAACACCAGUUCCAAGACAGAGGAAGAGUCCCUCACAUGAAGUAAAGCAGACAGACACUAAAACUAGCACAGAGCUUACCUCUCGUCCUCUACCUUUAGAUCCAGAGGACAAGGUUCAUUUUGGUAAUGUUAAUACAACAACACACAACACACAACAAAGUAGUUCAGGCUCCUCCACAGUUCCACAAUUCAAAAAAGCUUCAGAGAAGAAGUUGGGAACCCUAACACGUCUUGCCAGAUCUAUCAUUCCUCAGGAUUUUCAGCACUACCUCGGCCCCCACGAGAACGCCCACGUCCCCUCUUUUCACAAAGAUGCUCAAGAGAGUGACGAUCCCACAGAGGGGAGACAGUCUAGAACCAGUUCUUGGAUUGUGCAAAGUACAGACGGAAACUUCAGCCAAGACACAUUGCCCGCGGCCUGGUUUCUGUCUCGGGCAAGUUCAGGCAGUUAUGAUGAUAAUUCCAUGUCAGCUCAGAAUCGAUUAUCUUCAAGGACUACAUCAUCCAAAAGUCUGGAAAACCUCACCUCACAAACAAGAGAAGAAAGCAGCAUCACCUACAGAGAACAAAUGAAUCUAAGUGUGGAUGAUGUUGCUUCACAUCCACCCUCAGUCUCUUCACUCUCCACCUCAAAGCAGAUGAAAAACAGCGUGUCGGUUCCUAUUUUUCAGCAGGAUGAGACGGACAGUGACAGCACUUUAGAGAAUACGUUACGCUGGAGAAGAAACACAGGCAGCUCCAUGUCUAACAUGAGUCUGUCCUCUGGGAUGGCCUCCAUGUCGUCUGUCAGCGGCAGCAUGAGCAGCAUUUACCAUGCAGACUGUGGUGACAUUGAAAUCCAGGGAACCAUCCAGUUUGCUAUGAACUACAUCCAGAAGCUUGGAGAGUUUCACAUCUUUGUGGUGCACUGCAGGGAUCUGGCUGUAGCUGACGCCAAGAAGAGCCGCUCUGACCCGUAUGUGAAAUGUUACCUUCUUCCUGACAAAACCAAGUUAGGAAAGAAAAAGUCCACUGUGAAAAAGAAGACAGUAAACCCCACCUACAAUGAAAUCCUCAGGUUCAAAAUCAUAAUGGAGGUGUUGAAAACUCAGAGUUUGAACAUCUCUGUGUGGCACAAUGACACUUUUGGGCGGAACAGCUUCCUGGGCGAGGUGAACCUGGAUAUGUCAGAGUGGGACUUCAACAACACACAGAUCAAUGAAUAUGCAUUAAAAGCUCGGGUGUCAGCACAGACCUCAAGACCUGCUCCUGCCUCUCUGAUAACCAGCAGAGGACAGAUGAGAGUAGCCCUGAGAUUCCUGCCACAGACGUCUCACAGCAAGAGAACAUCGAGGAUGGAGACUGGUGAGGUGCAGAUUUGGGUGAAAGACUGUAAGAACCUUCCACCAGUCAGAGGAGUGAUCAUUGACCCGUUUGUGAAAUGCACUGUACUUCCUGACACGAGCCGGAAAAGCCGACAGAAGACACGGGUGGUGAAGAGAACGGCCAACCCCAUGUUCAACCACACCAUGGUGUACGAUGGCUUCCGGCCAGAGGACCUCAGAGAGGCCUGUGUGGAGAUCACAGUGUGGGAUCAUGACAGGCUGAACAACCAUUACAUCGGUGGUCUUAGACUUGGGUUAGGGACAGGGAAAAGUUAUGGGAUGGAAGUGGAUUGGAUGGAUUCGACGACAAAUGAAGCAAAUUUAUGGCAGAAGAUGUUGCAGUCUGAUGGUGAAUGGGUGGAGGAUGUUUUACCUCUGAGAAUGUUGGUGAUGGCAAAAAGCAUGUCAAAGUGAGACUAUAUAAAAUGUAUGGAUAAACAUUAUGAGAGAUCAACAUACUAUACACUACAAUACCAAUGCCUGAAUGAGCAAUGUGCAUGUAUAACUAAUAAUCACUGUGGAAGUUACUCACUCAACCUACUUUAGUGUGUAUAGUCCAAACUACUUAAUUAUUUAUAAAAAUGAUACAAACUAAGACAUAAGAUCAAAUCUUAAUUUAUAAAACAUACAAAUGGUUGUGAUCUGAGAA